CUGCGACUGCGAUGCCGUUGCCCAGGCUGCAAUCGUCGCCGUCGCCGUCGCUGUCGCUGUCGCUGCCGAUGCCUCUGCUGCUGUCGCUGAUGCUGCUGCUGCUCCUGUUGGUGCCGCCGCAGCCUUGCGAGAGCCGAUACCUGCCGACAAGGUCGCAUGGCGACGAAUUGGAUAAGUUGCGUGAGCUGAUGCUGCAGAUUUUGGAGUUGAGCAAUGAGGAUCCACAACAACAACAACAGCCACACCAAAUGCGUCUGCACAAUGAGGCCAACAAUCCGCUGACCGCUCAGCGUGGCAGCAACAGCGGCAGCAGCGCCAAUGCCGCCUGGCUCCAGAAAUUGGGUGCUAUGGGCGCACUCGAUACGGACGCCGGCUAUGGGCGCUACUAAAGAUGAAACACCAAAACCUAAACCAACCAUGACGACCCCCCCAUAAAAUUAUAGAAAAA